AUGUUCGGAUCGAAAGACUCUAGCCUUUGGGCUAACAGGAAAUGUCUCUUCAUUUGCUGCAUUGUCUCAAUCGCUAACACGCAGUACGGCUUUGACACGGCUGCUGUUGGAGGCCUCCAAGCAAUGCCCGGAUUCUUAAAAGUGUUCGGAUACGAGGACCCUCAGAGCCCAAUCGGCUACAGCAUCGAUCCGACCUUCCAACAACUCAUCAGCUCCCUCCUCACCUUGGGCUCAUUUCUGUCCUCUCUGCUGGCAGGUUCCUUUGGUGCGUUCUUUGGCCGCAAGCACGCCAUCUGGCUGGCUUGUGUGUUGAACGCCGUCGCCGUCGCCCUUCAAAUCGCCACGACGUCCAAGGGCGCCAUCUACUUCGGCCGCCUGCUCCUGGGCAUCGCCAACGGAUUUCUCGUGACAUUUUCCAAUGUCUACACGUCCGAGGCCGCGCCGGCGCAUCUCCGCGGCGUGAUCGUCGCGCUGUUUGCCUACUGGGUCAACAUUGGCUCCAUCCUCGGCGCCACGGUCAACAACUUUACGAAGCGACGGAUGGACAAGUCGUGCUACCAAAUCCCCCUGGGCUGUCUGUACAUCGUGCCGACCAUCCUGGCCAUCGGACUGUUCUUCGUGCCCGAGAGUCCCCGGUUCUUGCUCCACCAAGGCAGAGACGCCGAGGCGAAGAGGUCCUUGAUCCAAUUGCGCGGCUCUGCCUUGACGGCCGAAGAGCUAGAAUACGAGUGGGCCGAGAUGGUACGAGGCAUGGAAGAGGAGAAGAAGACGGCCAAGAGCGUCGGCUGGAUCGACAUGUUUAGAGGCACUUCCCCCUCACUGACUGACAUAUUUUCUGCCCAAUCAGGGACCGACCUCCGCCGCACCAUCCUCUGCUACUGCAUGAUCGCCUGCCAGUCUGCGUCGGGCAUCUGGUUCCUGAUCGCCUACCAGACAUACUUCCUCCAACAAGGUGGCGUGACCAAGCCGUUCGAGUACACCAUCAUGACCAGCUGCGUCGGCUUCAUCGGCGUCAACGUCGGCAUGUUCGCCAUGCGCCAUCUGGUAGGCCGCCGCGCCAUCCUCAUUAUCGGCGCCACGGCCUGCGGCCUGUGCCAGCUGUUACCCGCCGUCACCGCCAGCGCUGGCGUCUCCCCACGGGUCCAGGCGAAUACGCUCACUGCGUUCAUCGCGCUGUUCAAGUUCUUCUACAACGGCUGCGUCGGUGGUGCUUCGUACCCCGUGGCCACCGAGGUCGUCAGUACGCGCCUGAGAGCCUGGACCGUCGGCAGCGCCACAGCGAUAGGAUACCUCCUGGCGUGGCUUGUGAGCUUCUGCUCGCCCUAUUUCAUCAAUCCCGCGGAAUUAGGCUUGGGCGCCCAAUAUGGCUACAUCUGGGCGGGCAGCAACUUCGCCUGUGUCAUAUUCUUUUUCUUUUUCAUGCCAGAAAUGAAAGGCCGCUCCCUGGAAGAACUCGACGAAAUGUUCCUGAACCGCGUGUCGGUGCGCAAUUUCCGCAAAUACGUCUGCCAUUUGCGUGAGGAUGUGGAGAACGACGUGCUAAGAGGCAAGCUUGGGGGUGGAGACGAUGAAAAGGUCGUGGCGGUGAGUCAUGCGGAGGAGGUGGAUGUCGGGACGCGUCAGAGACAGAGUCAGGAUGGAAGCAAGAAGGAUUAG